AUGGUACUUGAUAGUAAUAUGACUGGGGCUCCCACCGGCCAGUGUCCAGACCAGUGUGGCAGCCCGGUGUCAGCCCGUGGGAAGGUUAGCAAAUCUUCAGAAGUGUUUCAUGAACAUCAGUGUUUCUCCAGAGCUGAUAGAGAUGACAAUGAAAUUGGUAUUCACUUGGGGCCUACAUGUCGAGGCAGCAGUGGGGACAGCUGCUCUCACAGCUUCCCUACGUCGCCCAAGGAUGACAAGAAGAAGAAAGAUGCCAGAAAGUUGGCCAAGAAAGACAAAGAUCCAGUGAACCCAUCUGGGGGCAUGGCCAAAAAGAAUUGGUCCAAAGGUAAAGUCUGGGACAAGCUCAAUAACCUAGUCUUGUUUGACAAAGCAACAUAUGACAAACUCUGUAAAGACGUUCCCAACUACAAGCUUAUAACUCCAGCUGUCAUCUCUGAGAGACUGAAGAUUCAUGGUUCCCAGGCCAGGGCAGCCCUUCAGGAACUCCUUAGUAAAGGACUUAUUAAACUGGUUUCAAAGCACAGAGCUCAAGUGAUUUACACCAGAAACACCAAGGGUGGAGAUGCCCCAGCUGCUGGUGAAAAUGCAUGAACAGGUCCCACCAACUGUACAUUUUGAAAAAUAAAAUUUUAUUA